AUGGCUAAGGUUGCUAUCAUCAUCUACUCUAUGUACGGCCAUGUUGCCAAGACAGCUGAAGCUGAGAAGAAGGGUAUCGAAGCCGCUGGUGGUUCAGCUGACAUCUACCAAGUUCCAGAGACUUUGUCUGAUGAAGUUUUGGGUUUGAUGCAUGCUCCAGCAAAGCCAGACUACCCAAUUGCCUCUCCAGACACCUUGACUGAAUACGAUGCCUUCUUGUUCGGUGUGCCAACCAGAUUCGGUAACUUCCCAGCUCAAUGGAAGGCUUUCUGGGACUCUACUGGUGGUUUGUGGGCUACUGGUGCCUUGCAUGGUAAGGCAGCUGGUUUCUUCGUCAGUACUGGUACUGGUGGUGGUAACGAAGUCACCAUUGUUAACGCUUUGUCUACUUUGGCCCACCACGGUAUCAUCUUCGUUCCAUUGGGUUACAAGAACGCCUUUGGUGAAUUGACUACCUUGUCCGAAACUCACGGUGGUUCGCCAUGGGGUGCUGGUGUCAUUGCUGGUGCCGACGGUUCCAGAUCCCCAUCUGAAUUGGAAUUGAAGAUCCAUGAAAUCCAAGGUAAGACCUUCUACGAAACUGUUCAAAAGUUCUAA